AUGGCGGACGAACGAUCGCACAGACGUUCCCAAGCUUCUUUGAGGUCGUUUGGAAUGGAACAAGAUGCCAAUGAUCGCCCUGUGCAGUCGGAUCCACUGGGAGUGCCCCAUACUACCCCGGAUCCUCUGUCCGACCCAACUGCCACAACCGUCGAGACGGUACGGCCAACCCUGUGGACCACUUCCUUCUCGAAGACUUGUCGCCAGGUCCUCGGCAAAAAUCCUUUCAAGGGAUCAUAUAUGAGCCUCUACGAUCCCUUGGACACUGUUCUCGACAAGAGCAUUGCAUGGGGAAGCGCCUUCUUCGCAGUCGCUGCGGGUGUACCUUUACCUGUGAUUGGCUACAUUUUCGGCCAAAUCAUCAACGAAUUUCCUCCCAAGGAAGAUGCAUUAUACGAUAGACUGGUCCAGCUACUUGGAGUAGCCGUCGCUUAUUUUGUCAUCACAGCUAUCUAUUGCGUUGGCUUUGGCCUAACAUCGGAGACGGUUUCUGUCAAGCUACGCCAGAAGCUCCUAGAGUGCUUACUUCAUCUUGACCAGGCUUACCUUGACACCCACAAUAUCGACGUCAAUGGAUUGCUCACGGAGAAGAUGGACACCAUCCAGGCAGGAUGCUCCGAGAAAGUCGGCAUCUUCAUACAGGCUCUUUCGUACUUUGUUGCCGCGUUUGUUGUCGGAUUCAUGCUAAACGCCAAGCUUGCUGGAAUACUGCUCGCGACUGUCGUCCCCGCCAUCGCUUUGAGCUUUGGGCUGUUGUCCCCAGCAGUGUCAAAGUACAGUCGCCUGGCCAAUAAGCGGAAUGAGGAAGCAAACGAUGUCGUUGAGAGCGCCUUGGGAGCGGUCAAGAUUGUGCAGGCUUUUGACAUGAUUGGUGGUUUGUGUGAAAGACAUCUGGAGUUCCUCAACGAGUCGAUCAAGACGAGCACGAAAAAAGCAAUCUUUACGGCCCUCCAAGCUGGAAGCGUUUACUUCAUCGCUUACUCCGCCAACGCUCUUGCUUUCUAUCUCGGAAGCCGUAUUGCCGAUGGAGGCAACGCUGGAACUGUAUACGCCGUGGUCUUCCUGAUUCUCGAUGCCUCAUUCGUCGUGGGCCAGUUCGCUCCUUUCUUAGAAAUCUUCGCAAGGGCUGCGUCGGCUAAAGGCAGCGUACAAGAACUGAUGGAUGCCAGAAACAACACCGACAAUGCUGGCACGUACAGGAAGUCUGAACACCGACCUGUGCUGCACGGCAAGGAUGUCGAGUUCCGCGACGUCUGCUUCCGAUACCCAGCCAGGCCAACGGUCAAGACAUUGAAUGGCGUCAAUCUAACGCUGCAGGCAGGCAAGUUUACUGCCAUGGUCGGCACGUCUGGCGGUGGAAAGUCAACGUUGGUCGCCUUACUACUCGGAAUCUACGACUAUUCCGGACGCAUUGACAUGGGAGGGGACGAUAUUCAAACUAUUGAUUCCAACCAUCUCCGCUCGCAGAUUGCUGUCCUGGACCAGGACUCUAUCCUGUUCUCUGGAACAAUAUUUGACAAUGUUUGUUACGGACUCAUCCGCCAGGAUCUGACCGAAGAGGAGAAGACGGCUCGAUGUCUCCGCGCGCUCAAGGACGCCAAUGUUGACUUCCUCGACCAGCUUCCGCGUGGCGUCCAUACCAAAUUGGGCAACGAAUUGCAGCUUUCCGGCGGACAAAGACAGAGAGUAUGUCUAGCUCGCGCCUUGAUCAAGCGACCCGCCAUCCUCAUCUUGGACGAGCCUACAAGCGCUCUUGAUGCACGGAGCGAGGUUGCCGUUGUGGACGCUGUGAAAAAGGUUGCGGCUACUGGUACUACGGUCAUCAUGAUUGCGCAUCGCCUCUCCACUACUCUAGAUGCCGAUCAUGUUGCCGUAAUGAGCGAUGGCACAGUGGUUGAGCAGGGUUCGCCCAGCGAGUUGUCUGUCGAAGGCACCGUCUUCCGUGGCUUGCUAGAUGCACAAAAAACCAACUUUGAUCAGAAUAGAGACCAAUCACCUGGUGAUGGCGAAGGGCUUCGAAGAGCGUCUACCAUUGACAUCGGGACUAGCAGCGAAAAAGAGCGAGAAAGCUUGGAGGCCGCCAUCAGCCCAAAGGCGCAGAAUAUCACCAAGUUUGCUCUCGGAACUCUCGCCAAACGUCUCGGAGCAAUCAUCAAACCCGAUUCUCUACUGGCGUCAUUCGGAUUGCUGGCGUCCAUUGUGAGUGGGGGUAUUCUAAUCGGACAGGCAAUCAUCUUCGGUAACCUCAUUCAUGUUUUAAACACCGGAAGCUCCAGCCCAACAUACUACGCAGAGGCGGAUUUCUUCUCGCUCAUGUUCUUCGUGCUAGCUCUCAUAGCGUUGGCCUCAUACAUCACCAGCGGCAGCGCUUUUGGGGUGACAUCAACUCAUAUGACCGCCCGGGUGCAGACCAAAAUGCUUCGACAACUGCUCCACCUGGAUAUGCAAUGGUUUUCGGAGCCAGGACAUUCUACUCACGAGCUGAUGUCRAGUUUCACAAAGGAUCCCGCAGAUCUUUCUGCUCUUGGCGGUAUCGCACUUGGCGCCAUCUUCACCAUCAUCACUUCCACUGUCGGUGGCAUAAUCUUGGCGCAUGUAGUGGCAUGGAAGAUUGCAGUGGUGCUCCUAGCGGCCGUCCCUGUCAUGCUGGUUUCUGGGUACGCCAGACUUCGUCUCCUCACUGCUUCCGAAACUCAGCACCGAGAGGCAUACCGAGGAGCAACCAGCUUGGCUGCUGAAUCCUGUCGAAACAGGCGUGCCGUGACAGCACUAUGUCUGGAGGAACAUCUGGUUGAAGAAUAUCGUCAGGCGCUCCGCAUGCCAUACAAGAAGAUCCGAGCAUACGUCUACUACUCCAAUGUGCUCCUCGCAUUCUGCUUUUCAAUCACCUACUUCGUCUACGCUUUGGCGUACUGGUGGGGCGCGAGACAAGUCAGAAAUGGCAUGUACACCACCACGGACUUUUUCAUCGUCCUUCCGGCCCUCCUCUUCUCGGCGCAAGCUGCAGGUCAGCUCUUCAGUCUCAGUCCAGAGAUAGCAAGAGCCAAGACUGCGGCGAGGAGUAUCUUCACUCUUCUCGACGCUCAGUCAAAAAUCAUGCCACCUGGCGGCGCGUCUUCGCCGCUGAAAUCCUCAACAACGUCCUCUUUGGAGUCGACCAGACUUGAAAAGAUGUCAGCAAGUCUAGAAAGACCGGGAAUGGGCACUCCAAAGCUUCAAUUCAGCAACGUUUCCCUCACCUACCCCAACUCUUCACGGUCAUCGCUCAAUAAUGUUGACCUCUCCAUCCUGCCAGGCCAAUCCGUGGCGUUCGUUGGACCGUCUGGCGCGGGAAAGUCUUCGACCAUGGCACUGAUUGAAAGAUUCUACGACCCAACGGAUGGUGCCAUCCUCUACGAUGGAAUCGACCUUCGCGAUAUGGACGUCAGAACUUUGCGAAGUCACAUGGGUCUUGUGUCGCAAGAUCCCGAUCUCUUCUCCGGCUCGAUCCUCUACAAUGUCAAGCUGGGUGCGCCUUCUGGUCAGUCAGUAACCGAAGAGGAGGUUCAGGCAGCAUGCAAGAAAUGUGGCCUCCACGACUUCAUCACAAGUCUUCCCGAAGGCUAUAACACGGACUGCGGUUCCAGCAGUUCGUCGCAGAUGAGCGGAGGCCAAAAGCAACGCCUCGCAAUCGCGAGAGCUCUUGUUCGCAACCCCGAGAUCCUUUUGCUCGAUGAACCCACCAGUGCUCUCGAUGCUCACAGCGAAGCACACGUUCAAAACACCUUGGCCGAGGCCGCCAAGGGGCGAACAACAGUGAUUGUCGCCCACCGCCUUGCAAGCAUUCAGCACGUGGAUCGCAUAUUCGUAUUCGAGCAUGGUCGCAUUGUCGCUCAGGGCACGCAUGCAGAGCUGGUCGCACAAGGCGGCCUUUACGCCAGCAUGGCCAAGGCCCAGUCUCUCGCAUAG